CUCAAGAAGGAAACAAUGUCACCUGUUGCAUCUCGGCUCGGUCCAUGAGUCAAACCCGACAUCAGGUACAUGUAUUCUUGAAAUUAAUGAGAUUGAUACUUACUAACGAGUGCAGAGAGGAAAAAGGAGGGAAAGGUGCUGAUAGCACCACUAUAGCAGAUGGGAAGACGACAGUGAAUGACGAUUCAGACACAGCUUUGGAAAAUGUUAGUGAUACUAAAGAUAAUGGUGAAAAAGGUGUGAUUUCUGAAGAUGAGAAACAGGAAGAGGAGACUAGUUAUCACAAUGGAAAUUUUGACAGUUUGAAGGAAUAUGAUGCUUCUCUUGAUCUUCCAAUAGCUCUGAGGAAAGGUAUUCGGUCAUGUACAAGUGAGUGUCGUCAGUCAGUUUAUGCAAGCUCCUUGUGAAGAACACAUGAUAGCAGUUGAACGCAUCCUUCGAUAUCUUGAAAGGUACACCAGGUAAGGGGUUAAUGUUCAAGAAGUCUGAUAAAUGCUACAUUGAAGCCUACACUGAUUCUGAUUGGAAGGUCUGUUGUUGAUAGAAAAAUCAACAUCAGCGUAUUGCACAUUUGUUUGGGUAAUCUUGUGACUUGGAAGAGCAAGAAACAGAGAGUUGUGGCCAGAAGUAGUGCAGAGAAGCUAAGUAUCAGGCCAUGAGUUUAGGGAUAUGUGAAGAGAUCUGGUUGAUGAAAGUGUUGUCAGAUCUUCAUCAAGACAAUGAGCUCCCAAUGAAACUGUUUUGUGACAAUAAGGUAGCAAUAAGUAUUGCAACUAAUCCUGUUCAGCAUGACAAAACAAAACACGUUGAGAUCGAUCGACACUUCAUCAAGGAAAGACUUGACAACGGAAGUAUAUGCAUUCCUUAUGUUCCUUCAAAUCAGCAAAUUGCAGAUGUGCUCACAAAAGGAUUACUGAGACAAAGUUUUGACUACUAUGUCAGCAAGUUGGGUCUUAUUGAUAUUUACGCCCCAACUUGAGG